AUGACCCUCCCCAAUUCUUCCUGCCUCUUAGAAGACAACAUGUGUGAGGGGAACAAGACCACCAUGGCCAGCCCGCAGCUGAUGCCCCUGGUAGGGGUCCUGAGCACCAUCUCCUUGGUCACAGUGGGUCACAACCUGCUGGUGCUGUAUGCCGUACGAAGUGAGCAGAAACUACACACUGUGGGGAACCUGUACAUCGUCAGCCUCUCGGUGGCAGACCCGAUUGUUGGCGCUGUAGUCAUGCCCACGAACAACCUCUACCUGCUCCUGUCCGAGUGGUCCCUUGGCCGGCCUCUCUGCCUCUUUUGGCUUUCGAUGGACUAUGUGGCCAGCACAGCAUCCAUUUUCAGUGUUUUUAUCUCGUGCAUCGAUCGCUACCGCUCUGUCCAGCAGCCCCUCAGGUACCUGAAGUAUCGAACCAAGACCCGAGCAUCAGCCACCAUCUUGGGGGCCUGGUUUCUCUCCUUUUUAUGGGUUAUUCCCAUUUUAGGCUGGCAUCGCUUCAUGCCUCAGACCUCGGGGCACCGGGAGGACAAGUGGGAGACAGACUUCUAUGAUGUCACCUGGUUCAAGGUCAUGACCACCAUCAUCAACUUCUACCUGCCCGCCUUGCUCAUGCUCUGGUGCUAUGCCAAGAUCUACAAGGCUGUACCACAUUGUCAGCACCGGGAGCUCAUCAAUGGGUCCCUCCUUUCCUUCUCAGAAAUUAGGCUGAAGCCAGAGAAUCCCAAGGUGAAUACCAAGAAACCAGAGGAGUCUCCCUGGGAGGUUCUGAAAAUGACACCAAAAGGUGCUGGUGGUGGAUCUGUCUUGAAGCCACCAUCUCAAGACCCGGAGGAGAUGAAUUCCCCGGUUGUUUUUAGCCAAGAGGAUGAAGAAAUAAGCGAACUCCACUGCUUCCCCCUAAACAUCGUGCAGUUGCAGACUGUGGCAGAGGGGAGUAGCGAGGACUACAUUGCUGUCAAUCAGGCCCAGAGCCAGCUCAAGAUGGAUGAGUCGGAUCUGAACAUGCACGGGGUCAGUGAGAUGUCAGAGGAUCAGACACUAGGUGAUAGCCAGUCAUUCUCCCGGACAGAUUCAGACACCCCCACAGAGCCAGCACCGGGCAAAGGCAAAUUGAGAAGUGGAUCUAACACAGGCCUGGACUACAUCAAGUUCACUUGGAAGAGGCUCCGCUCACAUUCAAGACAGUAUGUGUCUGGGUUGCACAUGAACCGUGAACGGAAGGCUGCCAGACAACUGGGUUGUAUCAUGGCAGCCUUCAUCCUUUGCUGGAUCCCUUAUUUCAUCUUCUUCAUGGUCAUCGCCUUCUGCAAGAGCUGUGGCAACGAGCAUGUGCACAUGUUCACCAUUUGGCUGGGCUACAUCAAUUCUACACUGAACCGCCUCAUCUACCCCCUGUGCAAUGAGAACUGUAAGAAGACAUUCAAGAAAAUUCUGCACAUUCGCUCCUAA